AUGUCUACGGAGACCGCCCUGAACGACGUGUCGAACGUCGCGUCGAGGCUGCAAGGCAUGCGGCUGGCGACGCACGCCGAGGACGAGAUCGAGAACGCGACGGCUGGCGGUUCAACGGCUGGCGGCUUGACAGCGGCCAGUGGCAGCUCGGCCGACGGCGGUGGCGGCGGUGGCGGCAGCGGGCCGUCGUCGUCGUCGUCGUUGCGGGAGCCGCUCCGGAACAUCACCCUCUCCCGGGCACGGCAUGGGCUGAAUUUCGUCGGCGACGAGGAUCAGCCGCUCAGCUCCUCGUCCGUCGCGCGCAGCGAGGCCUCGUUCUCGAACAGCGAUAACCGACCACCUACUAAUGCAGCGAAUACAUCGUAUUUGGAUGGACGAACGCAGAAUAACGCUACUUUGGAGAACUCUACCAUAACGCAGAAUCAACCUGCAGUCAUGUACAACUGGCAAGGUACAAAGGCAACGAUGCGCGAAAGGAUUGUAUUCCUCUUUAACAAUGAAAUACUGUCGGACGUGACCUUUCUGGUGGGAAGAGGGGCGCAGCAGCAACGCAUACCGGCUCACAAACUAGUCCUGUCCUCUGGGAGUGCUGUAUUUGACGCAAUGUUUAACGGAACGCUUGCGACAGCUUCUUCGGAAAUAGAAGUACCUGAUGUAGAGCCUGCUGCAUUUUUGGCAGUGCUCCUUUUUCUAUACACUGAUGAGAUACAGAUAGAUCCUGAAACUGUGAUGACGACGCUGUAUACUGCUAAGAAAUACGCGGUGGCCGCUUUAGAAAAGCAUUGCGUUGAUUUUUUGAAAAAUAAUUUAACGAGCGACAACGCUUUUCUACUGUUAACGCAAGCCCGUCUAUUUGACGAACCGCAGUUAGCCUCGGUAUGUUUGGACACCAUAGACAGAUUCACAACUGAGGCCUUCAAUGCAGAUGGAUUCACAGAUAUCGAUAUUGAUACACUGAUGAUAGUCUUGGAGAGAGAUACUCUUCGUGUUAGGGAAUCUAAAUUAUUUCAAGCUGUUCUAAGGUGGUCAGAAGCUGAAUGUGUAAGGCAGCAAUUACCAGUCACUCCAGAAAAUCAACGUCUAGUUUUGGGCGAUGCUUUGUCCUUGGUACGCUUUCCUCUUAUGUCAAAAGAAGAAUUUACGGCGGGUCCAGCGCAAUCUGGAGUGUUAAAUUAUUCAGAGGUUUUAUCUUUAUUCUCAUAUUUUAUACUGAAUCCCAAACCUUCGGUGGGGUUUCAAACGAUGCCGCGGUGCUGUAUGACUGGCAAGGAACAGACUGUGUGCAGAUUUCAACAUACAAAGAGUAGAUGGGGAUAUUUUGGAACUAGUGAUCGUAUUCGAUUUAGUGUGGAUAGACGUAUCUUUCUGCUUGGUUACGGAGUUUACGGUAGCACGCAAGAACCAGCGAUAUAUGAAGUAACAGUCGAAUUAAUUCACACUGCGUCAGGAAAAGUGAUAGCUACAAAUGCAACAAGUUUUAGCUGUGAUGGAUCAAAGUACACAUACCGUCUAAUGUUUAAAGAAUUAGCGGAAAUCUUACCAAAUACAAUUUAUACAGCAUCAGCAACUUUCAAGGGGCCAUAUUCAUACUAUGGCACAAAAGGAAUGAAAACAAUGCUGGUGGAUUGUGAUUCAGGAAACGGAAAAGUGAAAUUCAAAUUUAGUAAUGAAUUGGGAGAUAAUAAUGGUACAUCUACUGAAGAAGGUCAAAUACCCGAGCUUAUCUUUUACACGUAAUGUCAUUCGCGUAUGAUACUUGCUUGACUGAAUAUCAGAUAAAUUAUGUAAAAAAAGUAUGCCGGAUUUUGUCAAUUAUAUACAUAUAUAUAUCUUGUGAUCGUUUAAAGCAGUGAUUUGAUUCAAGUGAUCUAUGGGCAUGCCAAAGGAGUUAACCCAAGAUUUUUUCAUAAUUUUAAUAAUGUGCCUCUUGGUUUCAUUGAAUACGUUUGAUGGAUUCAAUGUUUAGAGAGAGAUACGCAAAUCUUGUAAUAAUGUAUUUGCAGUAUGUCAACAAUGCUGUUGUAUGCAUUUUGAUCUUUCAGCAAAUAUUACGGAGGGAGAGAGAGAGAGAGGGAAUAUAUUCGUCUUUUAGAUUUAAAAUAUUAAAUUAAGAUUGUUUGAAUAUAUCAACUGUAAUUGAUGCGUUAAUUAUUAAUUAAUUAUAUAAGUAAGAUCGAUGUUUAGAAUUGGAGAUGUAUAUCUAUUUUUCUAUCGUUUUAAUUGAGAUCCGUGCGAACCAAAAAUAUAGUUGUAUAACAAUGUUCGAAAAAAGAAAUCACGAAAAUAAGUACAAGAAAGAGGUUGAUCCUACCGCAUGUUCUAAUUUCGCCUAAACAUUUCUCGUUCGGAAUAUGAAGAUAUAUCGAUAUAAUUUGAAAUUGUAAGUAGUUAAAUAUAUAGCACUUCUCAAUGCAAAAGUAAUUAACGCAAUAAAAGCCUAAAGCAUGUGAAGUAUUUUUUAGUAAAAAUUAGUAUUUUGGUAGUCACAGCAAGGCAAUGCAAGCAAUGUAGAAUCUAACAGGAUCUUGUUAUUGUAACUAAAUACGAAAAAAUAGUCGAACGAAAGUAAUAUAAAACACCAUUUUUUAUUGUUCUCUAAUAAAAUACUUUUAUCUAUUUA